GUCUUCAGUUUUCAAGCGAACGUGCACCUCCAACGAUCUCCUCUUAAGUCAUAGCACAAGUGUACAUACAUAUUCCUAUUUUGAAAAUGGCGCCCAUUCAGAUGGAAAAGUCGUACGUCAAAGUCUCCUCCACACCCGCUGCAAAGUGCUCUCGUCAGGCAAGGUCAAGCAGCAGGUCGUGGGAUGUGUUCCUUCCUAUCAGUCGCAGAGGAAGUUUCUUUCAAGAUUCGUUUUUCUCUGACAUACACAAGGACUUUGACUCCUCCGUCAGGGAGGUGUUGGCCAGAUGGAGUGACGAAGAUUUGAAAGUGAAAGACUUCCGCCGGGAUGAUAUUAUGGACCGUUACAGACAGCUUCGAUCUCGCAACCUAAAGGAAGGGAACCAGGCUGUCACAGUCACAUCUGACAACACAAGUCACAAGAUUGUGCUGGACGUGCAUGACUUCAUGUGUGGAGAUGUGAAAGUGAAAGUGUUGGACGAGGAGUUGUUGGUGGAAGGACACGUGGAGAAGAAGGAAGAAGGAAGCUCAUCCGUCUCGUCACACUCCUUCAGACGCUACUUCUCUUUGCCUCAACACACAGAAAUGGCAGUUAUUACGUCCGUCAUGUCUGCAGAUGGUAUCCUCACAAUCACUGCGCCAAAAAUAAAAACAGAAACGACAAAAGAAAAUGCAAUCAAUCAAACUUCCGCUUCGAAUUAUCUUGAGAAAGUCAGCGAAACUCGAAAACAAAUGGCUUCAAAGGACGAAUCUCAAAUAGAUUCAGAACACUCGUCAUCUACACGAAAAGAAAGCUGUUCAUGCAAUUUUGGGUCCAAAAGAACAGUUGAUUCCUCUAGAUUUCACCACGGUUCGUGGGACACAUCCUUGCCCAUCACUCGAAGGGGAGCUUUCUUCCAAGACUCAUUCUUCUCCGGUAUACAUCGCGACUUCGAUGCCUCCAUCAGGAAGGUCCUCAAUGGCUGGAAUGACGCCGACCUCCAUCUGAAGGACUGCUGGGACGAUGACGACUUCCACCGCAGCGACAGACUGGGCCGAUACAGACAGCUUCGAUCGCGGAACCUGUGGAGUGACAACCAGGCCGUUACAGUUACCUCGGAUAAUAUUAGUUAUAAGAUCUUGUUGGAUAUGCAUGACUUUGUGGAUGGAGAUGUGAAGGUGAAGUUGAUGGGCGAGAAUGAGCUGUUGGUGGAGGCCCAUUCAGCCAGCUCCUCGCUCACCUUCAGACGCAGCUUUUCCUUGCCUGAGUCCAUUGAAAUAACGUCCAUCACGUCUGUCAUGUCGUCAGAUGGCAUCCUCACAAUCAAUGCGUCUAAGAAGGAGAGUGAAACACAACAGAAGACUUCUGUCAUCCCCACUAGUGUCAAGGAAACGCACAAUGCAUCAGAAGUUCACAGCUCAACUUCCUUCACGACCUCGGGAGUUUCUGAGGAAGUAGCAUCUGGCCGAGGAAUGCCCUACACAGCACAAGAAGAGGAACGCAAAUACGCACAGUGCUCUCAGGAGAAUAUCGACAAGGACAAGAUCCAAACAGCAGCUUUCAAUAUCUCAAGCAACACCCAACAAUCAUCGCAGAAGCAAUCGUCUGUCAUCACAGACUUUGCUUCCACAAGACUUUCCGACUCGCUAGAAGCAAAGAAAGCUCUUGUGAAUACGCAAGAAGAUUCCUUGCCCAUCGCGAGGAGAGGAAGCUUCUUCCAAGACUCAUUCUUCUCCGACCUACGCCAAGGCUUCGACGCCUCUGUCAGGGAAAUCUUGAAGAAAUGCAAUGACUCCGACCUCACAGUGACAGACGAUGUCAGUCACAGUGACAUCCUGAGCCGCUACAGGCAGCUUCGAUCUCGAAACAUGAGGGAAGAGAACCAGGCCUUCUCCGUCUCGUCAGAAGGUGCUAGCCUCAAGAUCGUGAUGGACGUGCAUGACUUCAUGUGCGGAGACGUCAAGGUGAAAGUCGUAGACGAGAAGGAGCUGGUGGUGGAAGGGCGCGUGGAGAAGGAAGAAGGAAGGUCAUCCGUCUCGUCACACUCCUUCAGACGCCACUUUCCCCUGCCUCACCGCACUGACAUGACACACAUCGCUUCUGUCAUGUCUUCAGAUGGUAUCCUCACCAUAACUGCUCCCAAAACGGUAGGAGAACCACACCAAAACAACCACUUCUCCAUGACUGAGGAAAGGAUGGAAUCAACAACGGCUCAAGACUCCAUACCUGAAGCACUUUCGUCCAUGAUGGAGAAAAAUAUCUCCGUCAACGAGAAUCUUGUCAAUGUAGAUCAAAAGGACUUUGAGUGUGAACGAAAACACACAUACGAGAACAAGAUGAGAAAGCUGAAGAAAGAAUGCGAAUUUCCUGCUGAAUCCAAGGAAGUUUUAAAGGCCAACAUCUGUCAAAAUCAGUCUGUGGAUGUGUUUACAACUGCUUCUGUCCAUGACCAUGGAAACGAUGUUAAUAAUCAGGAUCAUGAACUCAAGCAAUUGUCUGAAACAUUCAAAUCAACAAUCACUGAGAAAACUAUUUGUGAUGAUUCUAUUUCUACUUAUGAUGAACAACAAACAUCCGUGCAAUCAGUAUCUGAGUUGACAGAAGCCAUGAAACUGCACGAGGAAAUCUUGCCCAUCACUCGAAGAGGAAGCUUCGUUCAGGAUUCCUUCUUCCUCGAUGUCCACCAAGAGUUCUACACUGCCAUCAGAGAAGUCCUGAGGAAGUGGGUUACCGCAGACAGCGAAACGACAGACAGUGAAGACUUCCUUAGCCUUAGUCACAGUGAUAUUAUGAACCGCUACAGACAGCUUCGAUCCCGUGAUUUGAGGGAAGAAACUCAAGUCUACGCCACGUCCGACAACACUAGUUACAAGAUCGUGUUGGACGUCCAAGAUUUCAUGAAUGGGGAUCUGAAGGUGAAGGUGGUGGACGAGACUGAGGUGGUGGUGGAAGACGUAUGGCGAGGAGAGAAGAAGGAAGCUCAUCUGUGUCCUCGUGCUCCUUCCGACGCUGCUUCUCCUUGCCAGAGCAUAUUGAUAUGACAACCAUGAUGUGCAUCUUGUCUUCAGAUGGCAUUCUUACGAUCAUCGCUUCGA